CCCUCAUUAUCACCUUCAAUUACCUUAGUUUGACUUUUAUUACCCCUUUAAUACAUUACCCUCAAUCCAAGCAUGCCCGAACUAUCCAUUGUCUCCCUCCUCGAUUCAAACAACUACUUUCACGUUCACCAUUUCUCAAACUCUGUUUCCACAUUCUCAACAACAAUCAGCCAUGCCGGAGAAGAACCUGCUCGACCAGGACCUCCGCGGAUCCGAGUUGACAUCACCGAGUCAUCUGGUCGAGGAGUUUUUGCUACUCGGAGAAUCGGAGUUGCUGACCUCAUUCACACAGCAAAACCCGCGGUUUCUCACCCUUCUCUCUCCAAAAUCAGCUGCGUUUGUUACCUUUGUCUUAAAAGAUUAAAACCCAAUAACAAUCCUCUAACUCAGAACGAACCCUUUUGUUCCGAAGAAUGUCGACAAGAAGCAAAGGAAUUUUAUGAACUAGAGAAGAAAGCAGAUUGGUCCGCUUACAACAAGUAUUGCAUGUGUCGCUCUCUCAACUCCUUCUCUCCAAGCAUCUGGCCUUCGAACUCAGCCGUCGAACUCAGCCGCCGUCGAACUCAGCAGCCGUCGAACUCAGGCGUUGCUCGGCCCUGCGUCGCUGUCUUCGCCGGUGGGUCUGUGUUCUCGCCUCAUCUCCCCCAUCGCGUUCUGUUCUCGCCGUCACAGUCCCAAGUAUUUCGAUCUCUUACUCUCUCUUGCGCGAAUCUGUUUGAGGAGCUUAUAAUUCAUCUGUUGACCGGUUUCCUAUUGAAAAGAAGAAGAUUGUGGUGAGUGGGAAUCCGGUUAGGUUGUUAAUAAAGAAGUUUGUGUCAAAAGCCGUGGCAAGGACGUAUUUUUUCCCUAGGUUGGCUAAGGUAUCAGAAUCGGAGGCGGUGGUGCUGCUGGUGCUUGGGGGAUCCUUUGGGGCUAAUUCUAUGAACAUUGCUCUAUUCAAUAUUUAUUUUCAGAUGUUGGAGCAGCGGCCAAAUUUGCAUAUAAUUUGGGAGACUGGUGUUGAAUCAUUCAAUGAGAUGGAGAGCCUUGUUCGAAACCAUCCUCGAUUGGUAUUGGCACCGUUUUUGCGUUCUAUGGACAUGGGAUAUGGAGCUGCAGAUCUUAUUGUUUCUAGGGCUGGAUCGAUGACUUGUACUGAACUACUAGUUACAGGGAAACCUGCCAUCCUGGUCUAUACUACAGGAAUGCGCCUUAUGCUAGUGAGGAAAUUGAUGUGGUUCGUGAGCAAUGGGCUAAGUUUUUUACCAGAAAGUAUUUAUUAUUGGCCUGAGCGCGUUUGAUCGAGUUGGCUUAGAUGUUAUAGAACAAUAUUUUGUAUUAAAAUGUAUGCGUACGUUGAAAUUGGAACGUACAUAUAUUUAAAUGUAUUAGUACGUGCACUUUGGUUUUGGAAUAUAUACAAAACUACAGUUAUUGUUUAUAUAUUUGUUAUACAGGU